AUGUCAGGGCGAGUUCCGAAAGUCUUCAAGAGAGAAGAAGAAGAAGGAGAAGAAGGAGAAGAAUUCCGAAAGUCGAAAGUCUUUCAAAAGAAGAAGAAGAAGAGAAGAAGACAGAAGAAAAGAAGAAGAAGAAAUCCGAAGUAUUUAGAGAAGAAGAAGAAGAAGCAGAAGAAGAAGAAGAAGAAUCCGAAGAAAGAAAGAAGAAAGAAUUCCAAGGAACGUCUAAAAUCCAAAGGAGAAGAAGAAGAAGAAGAAGAAGAGAAGAAGAAGAGAAGAGAUAAAAUCCGAAAGCUCUUCACAGGGAAGAAGAAGAUAAAAGGGAGAGCAAGAAGAAAGUUUUCGAGAAUAAGAAGAAUAAGUCCCAAAGUCGUUAUGGAAGAAGAAGAAGAAUAA